CCCGCGGUCGCCGUCACAGUGCCAGCCACUGCCUGGCCUCGGCAGGCAGGCAUUUCAUUCGCCAGCAGAAUGGCCUACAAAUAUCCCCCCAAAACCGAGAGGCCGCAGCAUUUCCCUCCUCGGCCGCCCGGGAUCAUCAGCAAGGCCAAGAAACCAAGCGAGGUUCCGUUCCGUGGUGUUCUCGGCUGAGCCGAGCUCUUUGGCUUCCGUCGGUGAGCUGCGCCGCCACUUCGUCCUGCUGAGCAUUUCGUCGAGCAGCUGGUAGGCGGCCACAGGCAGAGCAGGAACUCAUUUCCAUCGCUUGCGUUCCUCUUCUGCUUGUUCUCCUGGUUCCUCGGUGCGAUCUCGGCCUCUAAACUCCUUCUCUUGGGUGGAAACAGAGGCCGUCUAGAUCGAGAACGAAGUAUCCGUGUUAGCUUCUGGUUCUGGAGGUCAAGAAGCCACUUGUGCUUUCUUGCUUCGGGCAGAUGGGCUCUGCUCACUUUGCUGCCAUACUGCUCUGUGUCUGCAUUAUUGCCGGUGGUGCCAUAGCAGAUAGCCAGAAUGGCACCAACGGCGUCUCGAGGCCGGCCGAGGUGCGCAUCGGUGCGCUCUUCACAUUUGAUUCGGUCAUCGGGAGGGCAGCGAAGCCGGCUAUCGAGCUCGCUGUUGCGGAUGUCAAUGCUGAUCCAACCGUACUGCCCGGGACAAAAUUGAGUCUUCUUAUGCAGGACACCAAUUGCAGUGGCUUUGUUGGGACUAUUGAAGCAUUGCAGCUUCUGGCCAAGGAUGUUAUCGCUGUAUUAGGUCCACAAUCAUCCGCAAUUGCUCAUAUCAUUUCUCAUGCUGCUAACAAACUCCAAGUCCCACUUAUCUCUUUCGCAGCCUCCGAUCCUACCCUUUCUUCCCUUGAAUACCCUUACUUUGUGAGGGCUACACAAAGUGAUUACUACCAAAUGUCUGCUGUAGCUAGUAUCAUCAGUCAGUACCAAUGGAGAGAAGUCAUCGCCAUCUAUGUUGAUGAUGACUAUGGUAGAGGCGGCAUCACAGCACUUGGUGAUGCCCUUGCAAAGAAGAUGUCCAAGAUAGCCUACAAAGCAAAAUUGCCACCUGGUGCUGGAAGGACUGCAAUCCAGGAUAUGUUGAUGCAAGUGAAUGAAAUGGAGUCCCGCGUCUAUGUUGUCCAUGUGAACCCUGACUCUGGGAUGACAGUUUUCUCUGCCGCAAAAUCUUUAGGGAUGAUGAGUAGCGGCUAUGUAUGGAUAGCAACAGACUGGCUCUCUGCAGUGAUAGACUCAUCUGGGCAUGUUGCUUCUGAUGCGACAGAAAACACUCAGGGGGUUAUUAUGCUUCAUCAACAUGUUGCUGACUCUGGCAUUCAGCAGUCCUUGCUGCCCAAACUGAACAGUCUGACAAGGAAAGGAAACCGUUCGAGCUUCAGUUCCUACACUGCACAUGCUUAUGACUCCGUAUGGUUGGUUGCUCAUGCAGUUGAGCAGUUCCUGAGUGCUGGGAAUGCAGUAUCUUUUUCUGCAAACCAAAAUUUGCAAGCUAUAAAAGGAAGUAGCCUUCAGUUAGAUUCUCUCCGAGUUCUCAACAAUGGAGAUAAACUACUGGAGAAAGUGUUGCAGGCAAAUUUCACAGGGGUUUCAGGCCAAGUACAAUUUACUUUGGACAGGAAUUUGAUCCAUCCAGCUUAUGACAUCCUGAAUAUCGGUGGCACAGGUUUCAGAACCAUUGGGUAUUGGUCAAACUUUUCUGGUCUCUCAGUUGCUGCUCCAGAAAACUUGCAUUCAGUACCACUGAACUCUACAACCAAUGAUAUACAGCUCCAUAGUGUUAUCUGGCCUGGUCAGACUGCUGAGAAACCCCGUGGUUGGGUGUUUCCUUACCAUGGGAAGCUUCUAAGGAUUGGGGUGCCUCUGCGUACAAGCUACAAUGAGUUUGUGAUGCAAGACGAUGGGCCUGAUGGGGUAAAGGGGUUCUCAGUUGAUGUUUUUAAAUCUGCAAUAAGCUUGUUGCCUUACCCCGUGGGAUGCACUUUUGUUUUAUUUGGAGAUGGACUGAAGAAUCCGAGCUACAGUGACCUUGUACAAAAGGUGUCCGAAAAUUACUUUGAUGCUGCCAUAGGGGACAUCUCCAUUGUGACAAAUAGAACAAGACUUGUUGAUUUUACCCAGCCAUAUACAGAAUCAGGUCUCAUUAUUGUAGCUCCAGCCAGGGAGACUGAAUCAAACGCUUGGGCUUUUCUGAAACCAUUCACCUUUCAGAUGUGGUGUGUUCUAGGUUUGCUCUUCCUCUUUGUGGGUACAGUUGUUUGGAUCCUUGAACACCGCACUAAUACUGAGUUCCGCGGAACCCCAAGGCAACAAAUUAUGACAGUAUGCUGGUUUAGCUUUUCAACCAUGUUUUUCGCACACAGAGAGAACACUUCUAGCGCACUUGGCAGAUUUGUGCUCCUUGUGUGGCUCUUUGUUGUGCUCAUUAUUAACUCAAGCUACACGGCAAGCUUGACAUCACUUCUCACAGUUCAAGAGCUAACAACAGGGGUAAAAGGUCUUGAUAGCUUGAUCUCUAGUUCAAGUGCAAUUGGCUAUCAAGUUGGAUCGUUUGCCAGAAAUUAUCUUGUGGAGGAGCUCAAUAUCGCCGAUUCCCGUCUGGUGCCACUAAACAGCCCAUCUGAUUAUGCAAGAGCACUAGAGCUAGGGUCAGGAAAUGGUGGUGUUGCUGCAAUAAUCGAUGAGCUACCAUACGUUGAGAUCUUCCUGUCAAAAUACUGUAAAUUCAAGACGGUUGGUCAGGUUUUCACAAAAAGCGGAUGGGGAUUUGCCUUUCCAAGAGAUUCCCCUCUUGCCGACGACUUGUCGACAGCAAUCCUUACACUAUCAGAGAACGGCGACCUCCAAAGGAUCCAUGAUGAAUGGUUAAGUGGGAUGAAAGGAUGUGAGUCAGAUGAUAGUGGGAUGAGCUCAAACUCCUUGAGCCUGUCAAGCUUCUGGGGCCUCUUUGUCGUGUGUGGCCUUGCAUGUGUCGUUGCUCUCCUGAUUUUCUUCUGGCGAAUAUUGUUUCAGUACAGCAAGUAUAAUAACCAGGUUGAGCUUGAAGCGGCGAUCGUGAACCGGCCAGCGAGGCUAACCAGCAUCAAAUCGCUAAUCUCUUUUGUUGACAAGAGGGAGGAGGAGGUGAAGAAUGCUCUCAAGAAAAAGCCUAAUGGCUCUCAGCAGGCAAGAAUCGGCACUACAGAAGAACCAUCUACAUUGCCGCUGUAAAACUUACGUACAUCGCUGCUGCAUGACUAACAUAGUCAGAAAGAACAACGCGCGGCCCUGCUGCAACUGAAGUGGCAGAUUCCGAAACCACGGGUGGCGAUGGACCGACGACGCGGUUUUCUUGUGUUCCAUUUGCUCUGGCUGUGGAAACCUUGCAGCGUCCAGAGCAGCUGAAGUAGAAUAUUUUCUCUGAAACAUGUUACCAACAUGUGGAUGGGAGAAGUAGCAGCAUUCGGUUGUGGUAUGUACCUGGUACAUACCACAAUCUGAAGUAAGCUAUCCAGAUUGUAGCUACAAUUUUUUUCUGUCAGAGUGCGCUUUUCUUUUUGAAAUUAGAAGUAACCUCUUGUGUUCCAAGUUGUUGUACUCCCUAUGUUCACUUUUAUAAGACGUUUUAGACAGCUGAAAUUGAACUGUUUUGGGUGUUGUCUUAAAUGUCUAAACGGUCUUACAAAAGUGAACGGAGGGAGUAGCUACAAUCAAUCUGAAGCAUGUUCUGAAUAAGCCGAGGAGUCUGAAUCCUUGU